GAGGACGGGGUAAGGCGGGAGCUGGUGGGCAGUUAUCGUGAGAGGACACGACUCAGUCUAUCCCCGCCCCUUCAGCGCUAUGGAAACUGAAAGCGCGGCGAGGCCCGGGCUGCGGACGCCGUAGGGCUGCCGGACACUAUUCUGUGUAUUCGAAGCUAGAACUGAACUUUCUGCCUUGUACUGACCCAUCAAGCUCUGUUCAGAACUGCUCAGUGAGGAGUCCUAGCCACUUGGAGCCAUUGUGAGCGCAGAGAUGAGUCGCAGCAACUCAGGGGAUGAAGGAGAUACCUUCAAAAUCUUGGUUGCCACUGACAUUCACCUUGGGUACUUGGAGAAGGAUCCUGUGCGUGGAAAAGAUACGUUUGUAACUUUUGAUGAAAUUUUGAGACAUGCUCAAGAAAAAGAAGUGGAUUUUAUUUUAUUAGGUGGGGAUCUUUUUCAUGAAAAUAAACCAUCCAGAAAAACAUUACACAAUUGCAUUGAAUUAUUAAGAAAAUACUGCAUGGGUGAUCAUCCAGUCCAAUUUGAAAUUUUGAGUGACCAGUCCGUCAAUUUUGGUUUUAGCAAAUUUCCAUGGGUGAACUACCAGGAUGGGAAUCUCAACAUUUCUAUUCCAGUUUUUAGUAUUCAUGGCAAUCAUGAUGAUCCCACAGGGGCAGAUGCAUUGUGUGCAUUGGAUAUUUUAAGCAGUGCAGGAUUGCUGAAUCAUUUUGGACGCUCAUCAUCUGUAGAGAAGAUAGACAUUAGUCCCAUUUUACUCCACAAGGGAAGCACAAAAAUUGCUCUAUAUGGAUUAGGAUCUAUACCAGAUGAGAGGCUAUAUCGAAUGUUUGUCAAUAAGCAGGUAACCAUGCUGAGACCAAAGGAAGAUGAAGAUAAUUGGUUUAAUUUGUUUGUAAUUCAUCAGAACAGGAGUAAACAUGGAGCCACCAAUUACAUUCCAGAGCAGUUUUUAGAUGACUUUAUUGACCUUGUUAUUUGGGGUCACGAACAUGAAUGUAAAAUAGCUCCAACCCGAAAUGAACAGCAACUUUUCUAUGUAUCUCAGCCUGGAAGUUCAGUGGUUACUUCUCUGUCGCCAGGGGAAGCUAUAAAAAAGCACAUUGGUUUGCUGCACAUUAAAGGCAAAAAAAUGAAUAUGGAGAAGAUUCCUCUUGAAACAGUACGAAGUUUCUACAUAGAGGACAUUGUUCUUGCUGAUCAUCCAGACAUUUUUAACCCAGACAAUCCAAAAGUAACACAAGCAGUACAAGCAUUCUGUAUAGAAAAGGUUGAAACACUGUUGGAUAAUGCGGAAAGAGAGCGUCUGGGAAAUCCACGCCAGCCAGAAAAACCUCUCAUAAGAUUACGCGUUGAUUACAGUGGAGGUUUUGAACCAUUCAGUAUUCACCGUUUCAGUCAGAAGUUCGUGGAAAGGACAGCUAAUCCAAAGGACAUUAUACACUUUUUCAGGCAUCGUGAGCAAAAAGAGAAAAAUGAAGAUGAGAUUAAUUUUGGAAACCUCUUUAGAAGACCUGCUUCGGAGGGGACAACCCUGAGAGUGGAAGACCUUGUGAAGCAAUAUUUCCAGACAGCAGAGAAGAAAGUACAGCUUUCACUCUUGACUGAAAGAGGAAUGGGUGAAGCAGUGCAGGAAUUUGUUGACAAAGAAGAGAAAGAUGCUAUCGAAGAGUUGGUGAAAUUUCAGUUAGAGAAAACUCAGAGGUUUCUUAAGGAACGUCGCACUGAUGCAGAGGAGGCAAAAAUAGAUGAGGAGGUGCGAAAAUUUAGGGAGGCCAGAAAAGAGAAUAUUGAAGAGGAAGAGGAAGAAGUUCGUGAGGCUAUGACCAGGGCUAGAGCUCACAGAUCUCAUGAGGCUGCUCUUGCCUCUGGUUCUAGUGAUGAUGAUCUUAUGGAUAUGGGAAUGUCAGAACAAAAAACCAAUGAUGAUUCAGAUGCUGGCACCUCUGCAUCAUUCAGCAGAGGAAGAGGUCGAGGAAGGGGUCAGGCAAGAGGUGGAAGAGGGCAAAUCUCAACAUCAAGAGGAGCCUCUCGAAGAGGAAGAGGAAACACUACCCAAGAACAGUCUAAUACCAGUAGAAAUUACAAGCCUGUGUCUACUCCUACCAAGAAUAUGAACAUCAUAGAUGCCUUUAAAGCUGCCCGGCAACAGCCCUCUCGGAAUUUAUCUACUAAGAAUUACUCAGAGGACAUUAUAGAUGACAACUCUGAUGUGGAAGAAGUUUCUUUUACUGCUGCUUCCAAAGUUACUCAAAGGUUGUCAAGCACGUCUACAUCCAGCAAAAGGAGCUCACAAAGCCAAAUAACUAGAGGAGUUGACUUUGAAUCAGAUGAGGUACAGUAUGGUCUUCUCUUGUCAUAA